UAAAACAUAUUUUGAUUCAGCAAAGGAUAAAACAAAGACAAUUGUUCAUAAAAAAUCACAACCAAAUUAACUCCAAAAUGGCCAAAUCUCCUCUCUCCCUCUUUAUCCUCUCCAUAUUAUUCUUCUCAAAUCUCCCAAUUUCAGAAUCCAAAUACACAUCUCUCAUCUACAAGACUUGCAAGAACAUCUCCAAGGAAGAUCCAAACAUCUCAUUCAACUUCUGCUCCACCUCUCUCCAAUCCCGCUCCGGCCGUGGCGCCGAUAAUCUCCGCAGCCUAGGCCUCUUCUCCAUCGUCCUCCUCCGCCGCAACGUGACCAACACGCGCCACCGGGUUGAAUGGCUGCUGGGAUAUAAAAGGUUUGAUCCGUUCGUUAAGGCGUGUUUGGAUGACUGUUUGGAGCUUUACUCCGACGCGAUCCCGACGGUGAAGCGGGCUGCGAGGGAUUACGUAGCGAAGCGGUAUGACGAUGCCAACUCGGGGAUCAGUGCGGCGAUGGACGCCGCGACGACAUGUGAGGAUGGGUUCAAGGAGAAGAAAGGGGUGGUUUCUCCAUUGACUAAGAGGAAUGGGGAUGCUUUUGAAUUGGGAGCCAUUGUUCUUGCAAUUAUGAGUUUGCUUCAGUGAAUUAUGAAGAGAUUAAUUGGAGUAGAAAGUUUUAAGA